AUGGACCACCGCGAGGCCUUCAAGGAGGCCGCCAGGCGGGUGGGUGUUGGGGGUGGGUGCACACACCUGUUGUGUGGGGCCUGGGGCAGUGCAGCGGAGAACGUGCGCGGCUCACAUGCGCUCGCAGCAGCAGCCAGGGCCAGGGCGCUGCUGCUCUACCCCAUGCACGCCCCCCCCAUGCACGCCGCCCCCAUGCACGCGCCCCCCAUGCACGCCCACGCCACACCCUGCAUGCCAUCCGCUGCUGCUGCCACUGCGGCUUCUCUGCCUGGCGCACGGGUGGGAGCAGCGGUGGUGGGUGGGGGGAUGGCGGGGCAGCAGCGUGUGCGGGAGGGGGGGCAGGAAGGCUGUGAGGGGGGCGAGGCGCGUGCUGGCAGUGCGGGCUUGGUGGCAGGGGUGCGUGGUGCAGUCAGGGAAGGGCGGUGGGUGGUGUGGGGCGAGCAAGGGGCGGGCGGGGCAGGGGCAGGUGAGGUGGCAGCAGCGGCAGAGAGGGUGGUGGCGGGGUGGUGGGGCGCUGGCUGUGGCGUGGACAGGGGGGCACGCAGUGAUGGGUGGGAGGGCGGCGGCCAUGUUCAUGGACUGGGGUGUGUGCCCCUGGAGAUGGGGAGGGAGAGGCAUGGAAGCGGUUUGAGCAAUAUGGUGGGCGAGAGUCAUAUGCAGGCAGGCGGGUGGCACAUGGAGCAGAGGGAGGAGCAGGCAGGCGGUGUGGCGCACGGGCUGGCAGGCGAGGCAGCAGCAGCCCGUCCCCUGGAGCAGCACGUGUGGGAGGUGGAGCGCAGUGAGCAGCAGCAGGCGCCACCGGUGCUGCACAGCGAUGCGUACCGCCGGCUGGCUGCAGGCAUCAGCAGCAAGCUCAUGUCAUCCUGA